AUUCUGUGAGUCUUAGAUUGAGUCAGUAGGUCUGUCAGUCAGGGGUUGACGUCUACGUGGUGAGGUUUGGAACCACUAACCCGGAUGUACACUUAUCACCAUGGUUGAGACCCGUAGUGGGAAGGAGACUAGCCCCUACACCACUGAGCAGCAAGAAAAGAUGACCGCCUUAGUCAGAGAGAGUAAGGAGAGGAAAGAGCGUGAAAAGCAAGCCAAGCUAAAGGCUAUCGCAGACGAGCAGGCGGCGAAGAUGAAGAGAUUGGAGGAGGAGAUGAAGAAAGUACAACAAGAGGAGAAAGAAAGAAGAAAAGCUGCUGAAGCAGAAGUGGCAACAGAAGAAGAGAAAGAAAGGAUGAGGAUUGAGAGUGGAGAAGGGAGUAGUAGUGGCACGAUGAUGAGGGAGACAGAUACAGGGCUCGAGAAGAAGAUCAGCGAAUGGGUCGCUAAUUUAUCGUUGGGAGAAGACGAGGAGGCAGAGUCCUAUGUAACUAAGGAUGAGAAGGCUGCGCUGGCUGCCGAGCUAGCAGCCAUGACAGAACCGAUGGAACGAAGAGAGAGGGAGGAGGAACAAAAUCCGGGUACUGGGCCAGUCCAUCUGAUUGGCCCACGGGUGACUCUUCAGGCACGACAGUGCAUGCCACUCACUCGAUCACAGACCAAGGCCAUGGACCGGAAGGCGGGAGAAUCCCUCCUGGCCUAUGAGGAACGCGUGGCGGCAUUCAUCCAGGAGGCCAACGAUAGGGCCGCCGCCGCGGCCAAGGAACGUAGUCAGAAUGAACAAGAAGAGGAGGCCAAGCGACGGAAGGAGGAACAGGACCGACUUCGUCAAGAGGAGGCAGACCUGCAGGCGGCAGCUGAACACCGGUCACGCCAGCGGGAACGACUGUUCACGCGGGAGACCGUGAUCGGCGAUGAGACCGCACAUUGGGUGGAAAUGGCAUCUGCAGACAGGGCCCCGCAGACUGACAAAGGGCUGUUCGCCGUUGCGCAGAUCUCCCACGACCUCGCGUUGGAGAAACAGCCAGAUGCUGUAGCAGCCGCAGGGCCUUCCAACCUUACCACUUGCGUUCAAGUUUUGGAGGAUGACGUCAGCAACAUUAAGCGUGUGCAUCAGGAUUUCCGGACGUCGCAGCAAGCAACGAACUUGCAGUUGGAGACGCAGGUCCAGGCUGCUGCCACCGUGACGCCCGCAGCCGCAUCCUCCCGGCGCCCACCCAAACUGGAUGACAUUCCAGUUUUCUGCGAUCAGUCCAAGACGGAACCGAUCCCGUGGUGGCGCCAGUUUACUCUCAGGCUCGACAUGCACCAUGCCCCGAACAACGAUCGACAUCCGUGCUUGUACCACCGAUCUGGUGGUGCAUGUCAAGCAUGGCUGGACAACAUCUUGACCAGCCACGGCGUAGCAGUGUCGGAACUGCACACCAAGCUCACUUGGCAGGAGUUGACUGAUGCCUGGCACAAGCGAUUCCAAGUGGAGCCGCCCGACCUGCAAGCGAUGGACAAGCUCAACAAGCUCCAUCAGAACACGUUGCACAGUCAGGACUGGAUUUCCGAGCUCCAAAGACUCGCCUCCACACCUGACCUGCCGCUCGCAUUCCGCGGCGUCAAGCACUUGUUUAUCAUGCGCUCGUGUCCAGCCCUGCAAAACACGCCGACGCAGAUUGCAGAGACACUCGACACAUCUGACAAGCUUUUCAGCACAGCGUCACGGAUCAUUCUCACGAAUGUAGAAGCCCGCAACGCCGGCCGAUCUUCCGCGACGACGAGCAGCACCCAGCCCAAGCCAAAGGUGGCUUGCAAUGGGGCGACUUCACCGACUUCUUAUGCCGAGGCUGCAACACCAAACGAGGGUGAAGUGUUGGCAGCUGCCCGGGAUGGUUCACGGGGCCGAGGAUCACGGGGCCGAGGAUCAGGUGUGAUGGCGGCACAGGCUAAGGACACUGUACAGACUACGGAUAAGGUUGUGGAUAAUGUGGACGAGGCGAUUCCUCCCGGGCGUGCGAAACUGGUUAUGACGCCAGCGGUGGAGAGGUUGCUGGACUGCAUGAAAUGGGACGCCAACGGACUGGUGGUCGCCAUUGCGCAGCAUGUGGACACAGGGGCUGUGCUGAUGCAGGGUUUCGCAAACAGGGAUGCCGUCUCGGCGACACUCGCAUCGCGCCGCGCUACUUUCUUCAGCUGGAGUCGCCAGUGCCUUUGGACGAAAGGAGAGACGUCAGCAAACUUCAUACAUGUCGUCGACGUUUUCCUCGAUUGUGACAGAGACUCCGUGAUAUACUUAGGCAAGCCUGAUGGACCGACAUGUCACACUGGUGAGGAGACGUGCUAUUUCAUCCGCGCAGAUGACAUUGUGUCCAGUGGGUUGGAGUACGCCAAGGAAAACACCUUGCAGGCAUUAACUUCCUUCUAUUCGUUGGAGAAAGUGAUUCGGGAGAGGGCCGCGGAAGGAGAGGCUGCUGCUGCUGCUAAACCUUCUGCCGAACCUCCUGCUAAACCGUCGUGGACUCGCAAACUACUGUCUCAUCCCAAACUUCUCUGCUCAAAGGUUCGGGAAGAGGCAGAUGAGCUCUGCAGAAUGUUGGAAGACAGCGAAGGGAAGGAGAGGGCAGCAUCGGAAAUGGCUGACCUUUUGUAUCAUUCAAUGGUGUUGCUGUCCUUGCAGGGUGUCACUCUCGAGGACGUUGCCCAAGUAUUGCGAAGUCGAUUAACCAAUGAUGAUACUCAUGAUGAUGAUUAUGAUAAUAUCAAUAAUGCUGCUGCUGCUUCUGCUGCUGCUGCUGCUGAUGAUGAUGAUGAUGACGAUGAUGAUGGUGAUGAUGAUGAAGAUGAAGAUGAAUAUGAUGAUGACGCACCAAUGAAGAUGCUCAUAUUGAUGAUGAUGAUGAUGAUGAUGAUGAUGAUGAUAUGUCAGUUAUGCUGACGAUGAUGAUGAAGAUAAUGAUGAUGAUGAUGAUGAUGAUGAUGAUGAUGAUGAUGAUUUAACUAAUUUGAGCUUAUUUAAUA